AUGCUCUUUCUCAAAACUCUCCUCCUUCUCCUUCCAGUCGCAUGCUUAGCGGAGGUGACAACCGAAUUUCCUCCCACAAGAGUAGAGGAACCCGCAGCGGACUGCUCCAACAGCGGUACGUGCGCUAGCCACCCUAGUUUCUCGAAGCAGUUGGAAGAAUAUAGGGUGGUUGGUUGGAACUUUCUCUCGAGAGGGUCAGCGGAGCAGAAGUGGCGUGGUUCUAUUGCACGUGACUACAUUUACACCAAUUGCAAGGUUGGGGUUGAGUUCUUGUCAAUGCAGGUCAAUGACACGUCAAAACCCAACCUCGUCAACCUUGGUAAGAAUACCGACUCGAGCAACGUCAGUAUUUCCGGGACCCAAACUUUCCCCGUAUUGAAACGCCAGAAGGUAACAACCACUGCGAAAAAUCUCUGCCACCCGAGCCAAGGCCACGAGGCCCAGCUGUACUCUGGGGAGCGACAUAUUGGUAGCAAAGGGUCCAUAGAAAGAUUGUGA